UUCCACCACUCCAUUUUUCCCUGUGGAUUCAUCUUUUGAUCGCCCUAUAUCUUCUCCCGAAUCAUUUCUUAUUCACCGUACCUCAGCGCCGCCUCCACUUCAUCUGCUCUCUUCCCUAAGCCGGCUUGUCCUUCUCCUUCGCGGGAAUCACCAGGGCGCUGCUUCAGCUGGCGAGAUUACGUUAUAGGUUAGAAUUAGGGUUUGGUUUAUCAAUUCCGAACCUUAGCUGCGAAAUUCCAUAGCUCUAGUUUAAAAGCUAGGAGGAUGCCAAGUAAUUUGAGCACCCCAUGAAUUUUUGUCGCCGAUUAGUGCUGGUAUGAGGGUAUAACUUCGGCGAUCAGGAACGAUGGAAAUACAAACAAGCGGCAAGCCCAUUGACUCGUUUUUGGAGAGAGUCCUGUGUAUGAACAUUCUCUCUUCCGAUUACUUCAAAGAGCUUUACAGGUUAAAGACGUACCAUGAAGUGAUCGAUGAAAUUUACAAUCAAGUUGACCAUGUGGAACCAUGGAUGACGGGGAACUGUCGCGGGCCGUCAACUGCCUUUUGUCUUCUCUACAAGUGUUUUACCAUGAAACUCACGGUCAAGCAGAUGCACGGCCUAUUAAAGCACAAAGAUUCACCUUAUAUCAGAGCGAUUGGAUUCCUGUACUUGAGAUAUGCUGCAGAUCCUAAGACAAUGUGGAACUGGUAUGAACCAUAUAUUGAAGAUGAUGAGGAAUUUUCUCCUGGAUCCAGUGGCCGGAAAACUACCAUGGGUGUUUAUGUUCGCGAUCUGAUCCUCGGACAGUACUACUUCGAUACUCUAUUCCCCAGAGUUCCUGUGCCUGUAAUGCGUCAGGUUGUGUCCAAUCUUGAAAAGAUGAAACUUCCUGCCAAAUCAUCAGGCUCAACAGGGGAUAAUAGCCGCCAUGGCUCGGAGGAAACUGCUCGUCGGCCGCCUUCCGUGAAGGCUGCACUUUCAGUGUCCUUUGGUCAGCGUGCCCCACACCGGGCGUCAACUAGGGACUCAUCACCUGUUCGCCGAACACUACCACACCCUCCUGCUCAUGAGAGAAGAACCAAUGAUAAGCGGAGAUCUCCCAGCAGCCAUCGCAGCCAGAGUCGUGACAGAGACCUUUCUAAUAGGGAUCGGGACAGGGAAAGGGAGAGAGAGAAAGAUAGGGGCAGAGAGAGGGAGAGAGACAGGGAUAAGGACAGGCGGUAUGAUUAUGACCGGAAGUCAAAUUAUGGUGACCGAGAAAGUAGAAGGGAUCAUGGAAAGAGUGGCAGAGAUGAUAGCAGAUAUCACAGGGAUCAUAGUAGUGGUCAUAGAAGUCGGAGUAGGAGUCGUAGUCGCAGCAGGAGCAGAAGCCGAAGCACGCAGGGAGGAGUCCCCACACCAUUCGAUCGGGAUGGAAACAAGGAGAAGUCAUCUUCUACCUCCAGCCAUCUUGCGAAACUAAAAGAUUUGUAUGGCGAUUUAAGUGACGAGAAAAAAGGUGACACAGAAAUGGAAAAGGGUCCUAUCAGAAAUAAUGGUGGCAGCGAGGAGGUGAUUAGACUGGGUGGUUCUAGUUGGAAGUGGAAAUAGUUUCCAGAACAAAGAACUUGGUGUAUUGUUGACAGUGUCAAAGUGUAUCAUUUGUUUAAUAAGUAAGGCUAACUUUUAGCUUAUCAACUGUUUGAAAGCAGAUUCUCGGGCUCGCUACGAUGACCAUUCUUCUCAUGUAAUCCUUGGGGCAGUUUGCUGUCUAAAUUUAAUACAUGUUUCUUUCACAUUAUAUUCACUCUUUUAUGGUGAUGGCGUUGUUGAGUUCU